GGAUGAAGAAAAAUUCAUUGGGUGCGACGUGGAAUCAUCAAUCAGGAAAAUAUGAGUAACAAAACUUAACAUAAAUUCAGAUAAAUAGAAACGAACACAAUGUCAGAGACCAAGCAGCAGCAGUCAACCUACAAAGGAUGGUUAUAUAAAUGGACUAAUUAUUUGAAAGGCUACCAGAAACGCUGGUUCGUCCUGCAAAAUGGACUUCUAUCGUACUACCGGAAUCAAGCGGAGAUGACACAUACGUGCCGAGGAACUAUAAAUCUAGCCACAGCAUUUAUCACAACAUCUGAUUCGUGUACAAUAGUCAUAUCUAGUGGUGGUAACCACACCUUUCAUCUUAAAGCUACAUCAGAAGUAGAUCGGCAGAAAUGGGUGACUGCGCUGGAGUUGGCGAAAGCUGAUGCAAUAAGAAUGCUAGAACCUGAUAGUGAUGAGGAGGAGCCAGACAAGCAUGACAUACAGACAACCAUUAAAUCACUCAACUCCAAGCUGGAGGACCUGAACACAUGUAAUGAUUUAAUAGGCAAACAUGGUAGUGCCUUACAGAGGGCUCUUACCGAACUGGAGCAAGUAGAGGGAGCACCAGAUGUCUCGAGCAAGAUCAAGGUUAUCAACGAGAGAGCAACAAUGUUCAGGAUUACGUCAAAUGCAAUGAUCAAUGCAUGUGCAGAAUUUCUCGAGCUUGCCCAGACUGAUGGAAAGAGAUGGUACAAAAUGUUAGAACACGAGUAUAACCAGAAAUUAAAGCUACAGGAGCUUCUAGAACAACUUGCCAAAGAUCAGAACACGCUGGAAAUUCAGGCGAAAAAAUCUAUGCUACCUGUAACAGGGGAGAAUCUAGGUAUGUUGAUAUAAUCCUUGUUUAAAUUAAUUUUGUUUU